AUGGUGACUGCCAAUCAAUUGGUGAAAUGGGAGUUUCUACUUGAGAAAGCUAGGCCAAUGAGCGCCACUUUUUUGAUCACCUUUACCUGUCGAAGAACUGUAGCAGUAUUAAAUCACUGUCCAGAUUGCUGGGAAAUGCUUAACAGCAGGGGCCAAAAUUUUCUUCAUGUUUCCAUAUUGAACAAUCAAAAAAAGGUAGUUAGACUCUUGUUAAAACAUGAAAAGUGGCAUAUCCUUGCAGAUGAGAAAGAUAAUGACGGCAAUACUCCUCUUCAUUUGCUUGCUGCCUCUCAUUGGAGCCUUGUGCCUGUAAGAUUAAGAGCACAUCCCAGUGCAAAGAAGAUGUCAUUUAACAAAGAAAACCAGACACCGUUUGACGUAGCAUUUUCGCUCACUGGGACAACAAAUACGGAUAAACGGAUAUUCAAGAGGAGGCUCCGCCAUGGUCGACCGGGACGAUGUGACUUCGAGAUAAAAUGUAAGAACACACAGAAGCAACAGAGGGAGAACAAAGAUAAUAGAGAUUUAAAAGGCAGAUUGCAAGACGUUAUGAAUCUAACUCAAGUACAUCUAGUUGUGGCCGCUCUAUUAGUGACAGUCACCUUUGCAGCUGGCUUCACAUUGCCAGGAGGCUUUGACAGCGAUCCUGGCCCUAAUAAAGGGAUGGCAAUUCUAAUCAGGAAAACAGCAUUCCGUGCAUUUGUUGUUUCAGAUGCCAUCGCCUUCACAUGCUCGGCUGGCGCUGUAUUUAGCUACUUCCUCAUAGUAGCACGUGCAGCAACAACAAGGAAAUUAAAAACUCUCUAUCGGCUUUAUAAGAUCGCAACUACUUUGCAGCUUGUGGCCAUUUCAGCAGUUGUAAUUGCAUUUGUAACUGGUAUGUAUGCUACUUUAGCAAAUUCAGUUAGUCUCGCCGUUACUGUCUGUGUCAUUGGUUGCAUCUCUUUCCUCCUGUACUUUUUAAUUUUGAUCACAGCAGGCAGCAUGGUAGACUACUAG